CAAUAUGUGGUAACCAAGCAACUAUGCAGGCGAAGUAACCAGCGCAGUCCUGACAAAGGGGAGCACAGGGCAGGCAUUUUUUAACCUUGGUGCAGCAUAAUUUAAUGAAAGUACAGCUACACCCUAUCACAGAAUAAAGAAGGAGUAUUUAUUGUGUAAUUACAUUUUAGCGAGACUACCACUCUGUGAGUUAAACAUGUACGGACGGGCUCCAAGAGUGACUUUCAUGACAGCAGGGGGUGCAUCGUCUGCUGUUGGUCCCGGAUCAUACAAUGUGAGCCAGUCCAGUUACAAGAUAUCAGAUGGCUAUGCACCAUUCCUUUCCUUGAGUGCCAGGCAAUCAAUAUUCUCCAAAGACAGUGAGAGUUUAUUAGGACCUGGACACUAUGACUGCUCACCUGUCAAGUUAAAUGUCCAUGGUGGCAGCAGUCUUCAGAACCGCUCCAAGCGUUUUGAGGAUGUGGUGUCAGAGGUUCCAGGCCCUGGGGCCUACAAUGUGUCGCCUGCCUCAAAAAAGGCACACAGGGCUGUGACAGCUAAUGUAGGACACCCUGGAAGGCCUGGCAACAAAGUGGCUAAAGGUCUCCGGCUAGCUCUUCAGUCAGACAUUCCAUCCAUUCCCUCCCCGAGCCAGGCCUAUGGCUAUGAAGAGGAUGCCCGGGGUGUCCUCCGUAAGCAACAGCCCCCUCCUAAGGACACAACCAUGGGGCCAGCCUACUACAGUCCGCUGCUGGAGAUGAGUUCUACACAGAAAUAUAAAGGGGUCCACUUUGGCAACAUGACAGGGAGGAGAUCUGAGGAGAAGGUGGAUGUGGGACCAGCUCCAGGACAAUAUGACCCCGAACUAGUCCCAGAAACACAGUACGAGAAUGUGAACCUUCAAAAGGAUCAGAGAGGUAGAGUUGAGCUUGCCAUCCCUCGCUACCAUGAACUUGUGUCCAUGCAGGCAGAAAAGAAGGGAGUUCCUGGUCCAGGCCAGUAUCACAUCAGAAGUCAGUUUGAGAAACCUGUUGAGCCUGGCGGCCUGCCGAAAUUCUCUUGUACCUUCCUCUCAAAAACUGAGAGGUUUGGCCCUGUGAAUGAAGUGUCGCCCCCUGUUGGUACAUAUAAUGACCCGCGCUGUGCCCUGGAGCUGCUGAAGAGGACCUCAGGAAUAAAGAAAAGUCCAUUUGGUGUCACUGCACCUCGCUUCUCUUCUAACCACAGAAAAGGCACCACACCAGGUCCAGGUUCCUACAAUGUCUUUGAGCAUGGCUUAGCCCGGGAAAGUUUUAAAAAGACGUUUUUUUCUCAAACCAAGACGGGAGGCUUUGGCUCUUCUUCUCAACGCAGCUCCCUUUUCUACAAAAAGGAAUCUGUCGAGACCCCGAGUCCAGCACAGUAUGAGAAGGAAAAGAAGACAGAGGAGAGCUACAAACAGCAGCACACAGCGGCUUUUAAAUCGGUCACAGAGCGUCUGGCUUCACCACUGCUGGCUAAAGAUUCCCCUGCACCCAACAGAUACAAUGUGAGUCAGACAUUUGAGAAGGUUAAUGGCCACUCUUACUUAGAACCCCGAAGUGAAGACGCUAAGAAACGGCAAAGCUGCUUCCUGUCUGCUGCACCGAGAAAUGAUUUCUUCCUACACAGUAACUCCAGCGUGCCAGGCCCCGGCCAGUACAACCCAAGUGUAAAAUCUGCUCCAAAGUUGGCACUGAUGUCCUCCAGAGAAGAUCGAUUCAAAGUUCCCAAGAACAUCAGCCCAGGACCUGACACUUAUUGGUUGAAUCCAAGUAUUAUGAACACACUACUGAAGGGCACCUUCAACGCGACGCUCAACAACCCUCUGAGUCCCAGCUGCUCCCCCCGCGUGGCUGAUGGGCCUUUAACAGCCCACAAGGCCAUUAAAGCAAGCACACCCAACACCUUUAUCGCCACCAGCAGUUCAUAGAGUUCUUUGUGGGUCAGAGUUUAAAGAUGAAAGGCAGCACUUUGGAAGAAGAUGACUUUGCAUUAUUGUCACAGAGUGAUACUGUAUACCUACUAAGAACAUUUCAUCUGAAGUUGGCUGUUGUGGAUUAUUUCCCCCUGUAUAAACCACUUUGUAUAUCAGUAACAUUGAUAAAGGCAUUCAUAUGAAUAAUGCUUGAAAUGAUUUGUUAACUUGUUAUUAUUCCAUAGGGCAUGUUGUUGUCUUAAGUCAAGCAUCGAAAGAUCCAAUCUGGCAUAAAUGAGUCAAAUAUUAAAAAUGUU